AUGGGUUGUAAAUUGUCUCAGCUAGCGUCUUCAGAAUUUUCACACGAUCCUUUCGAGAAACCACCUCCUCCAUCCGAUCCACGGUCACCUCUAACUGCCAAGCAGCAGUACUGCAUGCUGGCCUCUUGGAAGGGAGUGUUCAGACAGGUCGAGAAAACUGGCAUUCUCUUGUUUGUUAAAUUGUUCGAAGAGAAUGAAGAGCUUCUACAUCUAUUUGAAAAGUUUCGAGAGCUGCGCACCAAGGAAGCUAUAGUCAGUUCUGCUGAAUUGGCCGAGCAUGCUACACAGGUGAUGCACACACUAGACGAGGGUAUCAAAGGGCUGGCUGAUAUGGACUCAUUCUUCACUUAUGUCAGACACGUGGGUGGCACACAUCGACAGGUGCCCGGGUUUAAAGCAGAAAACUUUAUGAAAAUCGAGCAACCUUUCCUUGAAGCAGCCAAGACAACCCUAGGAGAAAGAUACACCCCAAAUAUUGAAAAUAUAUACAAGUUGACAAUACGGUUCAUUUUGGAGAAUCUCGUCAAAGGUUACGAGGAGGCUGGGGAGGAAAAUGGAACGACUCAAAUCUGA